UGGGUUUUUGCAGCAGUGCUGAAAUUUUGUGCCGCUCAGCCCCAUGACGGACGCAGCGACCCUCCAAGCGAAACGCUUCAGUUGUUCGGUGUCUGCUGGGCUGGUGGCAGGUUUUCUGACCAACCCCACUGAGACCAUUCGAGUGAGAUGGCAGGUGCUGUCAAUGACAUCUCCUUCAGCCACUGAGACAGGCCUGCUGCAGUUCUCACGGCAGAUCUUGAAAUCUGAGGGCCUGAUCCGCGGCCUGUGGCUCCCGGGCUGCACCGGCUGGAUGGCCGCCUUUGGAGGUGCCUUUGGCGUCCGCAUGGGGAUCUACGAAUCGGUCCGCUGCGGCGUCGAGUCGACCACCGGCUUGAGCAGGAGCCCGACGACUGCCUUCAUGGCUGGCCUUUGCACGGGGUCCCUCGCGAACGCGGUGUGCUGCCCGUUCUUCCAAGCGAAAAACCGAUUGCAGGCGCAGGGCAGCUCGGGGCCACAGAGGAGUUUGUUUCGAGAGCUGGUGAGCAUCACCCAGGAGAACGGCUUCACAGGCCUUUACCGGGGAGUACCAGCACUCUUCAUGAGGGGCGGACUCAUCGCCGGUGGCCAGCUCUUUGGCUACGACACGACCAAGCGCUUCAUGGUCUCGCAGGGUGUGCAAGAGGGCCCGGUGGUGCACCUCGCCUCCUCCAGCGUCUCUGCUGUGUCAGCAGUGUUAGCCUCUGCACCAGCAGAUGUGGUGCUCAACCGCUACCAGGCGGGCCCUCGCCUGGGCAAACACUACAGCAGUCUGCUGGACGUGGCUUCAGAAUUGGCCCGGACCGAGGGACCCUUGGCCUUCUACAAGGGUGUGGUCCCGAACGUGGUGAAGUUUCUCCCGCUUUUCCUCAUGAGCAUGCCACUCUUCGAACAAUUGCGUCGACUUAUGGGCCUUGGAUAUCUGAACUGAGAUGCAGAGAUGUGACUGGAGACCAUUGAAGAGGGACAUGUGGGAC